AUGAGUUCUUGGGAAGACGGAUGGUUGGUCCAUUUCAACAAGAAACACAUUCCAGAAGUCAACGUUUACCCCAAUGUAUCUGUUUUCAACAGAAAGAUAUACACUUUUGGCGAGAAGGGAGAGGUUUUCAUCAAGUUUGACUAUAUUGACGACACAAUUGCGUCGUACGACGAAGUGGCCUAUUUGGAUACAAAACUGUGUAUUUUCCGAGUGAGCCAGGACGAUUAUAUCAUUACAGUCCACGUUGGAGACGAUUAUGUCGUGGUUGGGAAACUUAGCGACAGGUAUGUUCAGACGAACGGCUUGAGCAAGUAUGAUGUUGUGAUCAGAGAUAUUAAGGAUUACAAUGUUGUUCCUUUGGCGACGUUAUAUGAUCCAAAGGAACUUAAGCUCGACGAUUUCGCCGAAUGUGCCAAACUGAGAUUAGGGUCCAGGUUUGAGAGUUAUAUAAACGACAUUAGAGAUCCAUCUCAAUAG